GUCGGUCUCUUAACCUGACCCCAGACGAGCCGUGCUACCCUCGCCAAGGACGCUCGCAAAGAGAGGAAGGGAAGAGUUCAAUGCCUCCGGAGUCUGAUUACCGAUCGGCCGAUGAUGGCCUCCGGCACCGGGUAUCGGUCGCGACUCCGGCGGAAAUGACCUCGGCGGAGGAGCCCGCGGCAACCAACAAGUUCACAUGGCAGGAAGUGGCCAAACACAACUCGAGGGAAAGCGCGUGGAUCAUCAUCAAGGACAAGGUCUACGACAUCACCAACUGGAUGGACAAGCACCCUGGUGGUUCGGAGGUUGUGCAUCUUAUGGCAGGGAGAGACGCCACCGACGCCUUUGCCUCCUACCACCCCUUCACUAACAAGCCUCAAAAGAUGCUGCCCAAGUUUGAGAUAGGAACUCUGGUGUCGAGGGAGUUCACACCGUACAAACGCGACGAGUCCGGCUUCUACCGGGAGAUGUGCACGCGAGUCGGGCAGUAUUUCGAGGACAACAAGCUCAACCCCAAGGGCGUCUGGCCCGGCGUGUGGAGGAUGACGCUUGUGUUCGCUUGCGCGAUCGCCGCCUUCCUGGCUACGAACGGAUUCUGGCCCUCCGUGCCGCUCUCUGUACGAUUUCUCACCGCCGCACUCUUCGGCGUGCUGCAGGCGCUGCCGCUGCUGCACGUGAUGCACGACAGCUCGCACACGGCCUUCGGCCGAACGCAGAACUGGCACUCGUUCGGCGGACGCCUUUUCAUGGACUUCUUCGCCGGAGCCAACCUCACCUCAUGGCACUACCAGCACGUGGUAGGACACCACAUCUACACGAACGUUUUCGGGGCGGACCCUGACCUUCCGGAGACUGCGGAGGGGGACCCCCGUCGGCUGGUUCACCGACAGAAGAACGCCUCCAUGUACAAGUACCAGCACCUGUACCUUCCCCCUCUCUACGGCAUCUUGGGCCUCAAGUUCCGCAUCCAGGACCUCACGGGAACUUUCUUCGGAAAGACGAACGGACCGGUGCGGGUGAACCCCAUCUCCCUGUACCGGUGGGCCGAGAUGUGGACUUCUAAGGUCUUCUGGGCCCUUUGGCGAAUCUGCCUCCCUCUCGCGUUUUUCGAGGGAGUCAACACGCCUCUCAUGUUCACUGCCCUUUUCCUCGUGUCGGAGUGGAUGACCGGCUACUACCUGGCAUUCAACUUCCAGGUGUCGCACGUGUCUACGGAGUGCGACUACCCAUUGGGUGCUGAGGCUAAGGACAUGAUCGAGGACGAGUGGGCCGUGUCCCAGGUCAAAUCUUGCGUGGACUACGCCCACGGCAGCAAGCUCGUCACCUUCCUGUCCGGCGCCCUUAACUACCAGGUCACCCACCACCUCUUCCCGGGAGUCAGCCAGUACCACUACCCGGCUAUCGCUCCCAUCAUCAAGGAGGUUUGCAAGGAGCACGGCGUGGAGUACAUCCACCUCGACACGUUCACUGAGGCCAUGUCCGCCCACAUCGCUCACUUGAGGAACAUGGGAAGACAGGGCAUCCCCGCCGAGGUCCACAUGGGUUGAUGUACAUGACCCAGGUUGAUCGUAGUCUCACGGGUAAAAGAGCAUAAUUACUUCAUUUUUGGGGGAGGUAGUGGUGAGUUGGAUGUUCUGUUUUAUGGGUGAGGUGGGUAACGCGGGUAGUACGCGUCUUUGUUGGUGCAGACGGAGUGCUUGUUUUUGCAUGCUCGCAGCAAGAAAUUUCGUCUCGCGCCACGGAGGGCUUGAAUAGUGAAUGCAGUCACGCAACCAGACACAGUCAGCCACAAGGGUGGCUAUGCUGAGGAAGGCCGUUUCUGCGGCAAGGAUGGGGCGGGUUGCUUUGGCGGAGCCGAAGUGCGUGUGCAAUCAAUCUUGCAAUUUUUCGUUUUGUGGUGACAGUUUUUUUUUUUUUUUCUUGCUGGAAUGCGAUGUGGAUCACGUGAUUGAUGCUUGUGCUUGAGAAAUUAUUCCUCCCGUCGUGCGGCACGUAAAAAAGGAACAGUGUGCGGCGAGUCAUUUAUUUCCUUCUUUUUUUUUCCAGGUGGUGUGCAGAUAGAACGACGCACUUAUUUGCCCCGUGCGAAUACCUCGCUUUUUGUUUGCGCUCGUUUUUCCCGGAAUCCGCCGCGGGUUUUUUGUCCUAUCAUGCGGGUUUUACCGAGGUUGGCUGCGCCAUGAGGCCAUUGAGUCGUCGGGAGGUCGCGGUUUUGGUUUCGAAUGUGGAUCGGGUUUUAUCUGUCAGACUACGUUGUGGUUUGAGGGAAUUUGAGAUGUGUCAUCAAGCGAGCUUCAACGGGGAUUUAUUGCAGUAGGGAUUGGUGUUCAAACAAAUUGGCAACCGACAUGAAUGCUGGCGAAAGCUUUUAUCCCGACUGCAAAAGACUGCCGGGGGAGUACAACACUGGAAUAUAUUUUUCGUUUCAGUGGAAAUUAUUGGUCGAUUCGUGUGGCCUUCGGAUGGUUGGGGAGACCCGGCGAAGAACUGCGAAUUUAUUUCUGUGAUGGAAGUGUGAACAUUGUUGCUCGGCGUGUGAGGGCUAACAGCUAGGCGUGAACAAUAUUUUUCGUGUUCACAAGUCUGUUCAUCAUAUGUCUCACGGUGCAUGUUGUUAGGAACCAGGCUAAAAUGAGUUGAGACUUGUGACGCAAGUUGGUUCACUCUCAGCGCAUCAUACAUGCGAGAAAAAUCAAUUGGAUAGCAUAUUUCAUGACGGUGGCACGGAAGUAGAUUGAUGUCCCCCCCGCCCAUUUUCCGUUUCCAAUCCCACCAACACUUCUUGUGGUACGGAAAGAGUAACUUUUUUUGCGACAUACGGAUGGUGUGAGUCUUAGAUACACAUGGCUUUUAACAACGCGUUGAAGGAAAAUUGGGAAAUCGUUGUCAAGGAGAAUCGCAAUGUUAUUCUCGGCAUGUUGCUGCUAACCAG